AUGGAGCGUGCAGAAAUAAAGAGAAUCGUAAACGAGAUUCAGUCCCAAAAGGCGAUAAUGCAGCCUGCUGAUCUCGUUGGACUUCUCAAAAAGCUCAAGCAGUCGGUGGUGCCAACAGAAGAAACCCUGCGUGACACCAAAGUCGGACUCACAGUUGGUCGUCUGCGGCAGCACGAGUCGACGGAAGUCUCGGACUUGGCAAAGGAGAUUGUCAAACGCUGGAAAAGUGAAGUAGACGAAGAAAAGAAGAGAAAGGUCUCAGCGCUCACGGCCGCUGCGUCCACGUCGAAGAAACCUACCGGCCCACGAUCUGUAGAUGCAGAUGGAGUCAAGUUUGAUAGUUUGGGGGACAAGACGCGUGAUAGUACUCGACCUCUGAUCUACAACGCGCUGUGUAUCGAUUCGGGAGCGCCGAGCGAACUUAUCUUGAAGCGCGCAAUUGCCGUUGAAGAGGCUGCUUUCACCAUUUGCGGAAAAGGAGAAUCCAAUAGUGACUAUAGGAACAAGAUGCGAUCUCUCUUCUUAAAUCUCAAGGGAAAAGAGAAUCCUUCGUUGAGACAGGGUGUCGUUUCUGGUGACAUUUCUGCCGAAAAGCUGGUGACCAUGAGUAGCUCGGAUAUGGCAUCAGAAGAAAGAAAGCAAAAGGACAAGGCCAUCGAAGAGGAGAACCUAUUCAAAUCUCUUGGGGCUGGCGAACAGCAAGCAGAGACAGAUGCAUUCCAAUGCGGAAAGUGCAAACAGCGCAAAACCAUCUACAGGCAAGCACAAACGCGCUCCGCAGACGAGCCUAUGACUACCUUUGUCACUUGCGUCAACUGUGGAAAUAGAUGGAAGUUCUCAUAG